AGUCUGUCCUGUACAUCAACCGCUUCUUGAACCCAAUCACCACUCCUGGCUACUCUUAAUGUGUCAAUUGUGUGUCCUGCAGGUGGCAUUCCAAGAUCAUGAAUUUCAAUUGCUUGUGCUUCCUGAGACUUCUGAGAGGGGAUAAUCAGCAGUAUGGAGAGCUGCAUGCAUGUGUGUCGUGUCCUGCUACAUUGAGAAAUGUAUUGGUGAUAUGCUGCCAUGUGUGCCAAAGCAUGUCUAGUAUUAUCAGAGAAGCCCAAGGUUCACCUUGGGUGUGUCGCACGCUGUUUUGAGAGUGACAAUGCUAGGGAAAGCCAUGGCCGGUUGCUAAGUCUCUCGUGUUGCUGUACCUUACUUCGUAUAGUAGAUUACGAUUCUGCCUGGACUCGAGAUCAUCCCCUCGAUAGCAAUAAAAGGUUUCCUCUCUAUACCACUAUGUCUCUUUUCUUUCUUUUUCUUUCUGAGACGGGUGAUCUUGGUCCUGGUAUGUGCUGCAGCUAAACCUGACACCUCUCCUUGAUCCAGUAGAAUUACU